AUGUCCCUGGGGCGUGGCCGGACCGCCGCCGUCGAUGGAAGCGACCAGGGGCCGAUGCCUCACGCCUGCGUCUACUCACGCAUCCAGACCGGCGCCGACCUCGGCCUCGUCAAACCCAAACAGCGACCCGACUCGUCGCACAACGCCGCGCACCCAUCACCGGCCGUCGUCUCGUCGUGA